AUGGCUGCGAACGGUUCAGAGCCGCUCACCCAGUCGGCGGCAAACAGAACGAUCUCGCCAGCAGCAACAAAGGCAAUAAUAGAUAAGCUGGUAUUUCAGGACAGCAAGUCGGUCAGGACCUCGACGAUUAUUCUCGCAGCUUUUAAUAUGUUAGCUGCUUUGGCAACAGCGAUCAGUAUCCUUUACGAUUGUUACUGGGCAUCGAAGAGAUGUGCUCCGAAGUACAAGGCGACGAAAUUCUGUAUAUCAAAGAUUCAUCCGGCGGAAACCUUCCCUCUCAUCUUAGCGAUAGCAAUUAUUGUUCAAGGACUGGUGUUUGCUGCAGUAUCAGGGGAAGGUUUACAAUCAUUGUUCAUCAUGCACUGUGGGGUGAUAGCACAAUUCGCCUGGGUUGCACUCUUCAUGGUGCCAUACCUUCAAUUAGUUUUCGGUCUCGAGUGUGCUCUGCGAUCAUUUCGGUCAUUGCCUUUCCAAGCGAGAGGGAAAUACGACGUCACGAUAUGCCUUGGGGUGGUUGUGCUGAUGCUUAUUGGGACGUGGCUUCCUUCAUUCUUCGUUCACUCGAAUACUUGCUUUGCUUCGUUAGUGUGGUAUGUGAUGCGAUACGGCAAGUUGGGGUUGAAGUUAUUGGCUGUCUCUGCGGGUUUGAUGACCUUAGCCGCCGUCAUAAUCUUCGUGAGAUUGUCAACCGUUACCUUGAUUGAUGAACACCAAAGAAUUGCGGCAUCGAGGAUGGUCUAUUACCUCGUUUUGGGGAUAGUCUCAUUAGCACUCGUCAUUCCGUAUUUUGGGUCUUUGGUCGGAGCACCGGGAGAUAUCAAACUCGCCAUGAUGGCCACAGUUGUUUUGAACCUGUCGGGAUUGAUGAGUGGAUUAUUACAACUUUUCCUCAGAUCGAACACUGUCGCGACAUCAUUCGGUGCUAAGCAGGGACGACAGUGGGAUCGAAAGAAGCAUCAGAUCCGGAUUUUUGGGCCGAAUGAAUUGGCAAUGCGCAACCAUAUAGUCAAUCCAGUUACUGGACCAAGGACACAGCGAGAACUGUCGAGUCGGGCUACGAGCAGGGCGAGUCUGGUGGGAGCUGAGAAGGGAAGAGCCAUCAGCAUGGAGUCGUUGAACAGUUCGCCAACACUCAACAACCCUUUCUCGCCAAAGUCGGUUGAUGAAAUAGGCGAUAUGCCAUCAAGACCUGGGCCAGCGGCUGGGUUCAAACAAUCGCGAGGACAUUCACGAGCGCCUUCUUACUCGCUGUUCCCACCUGAGGGAAGCAGUCCCAGCAAGGUUCAGCAACCAACCUCAGUGUACGACAUCAGCGACCUGGCUCCACCGCCUGUAAUACACUACACAGGCGGACCGCGCCACCGCCGCGAUUCUUCAAUAGCAUCAUCAGCAACAGUGCAAAUCGGUCUGCGAAUAUCGCACGCCCCUUCACCAUCUCGAGAAGAAAUAACCGCCGUGCCUUUACAAUCCACCACCUACAAAUUCACCGCUCCCUCACCUGCAAAUGCGGCAACCUCCACCUUACCCUCGGCCUCAUAUGCAGCUGCACCUCUUCCAUCAACCACCUACGCCAGCGGCUCCACGAACCCCUUCCUCCCUGCAGCAGCUAGACCCGCGCCUUCCCCCUCGCCAUUAAAAAUCCAAACCAACGUCCCCUCAACACCCGCCACCCCUCUCCCCCCACGAAGUCCGCGACGACCAACACCACUAAACACAACCGCCACCAAAUCUCCCCAAUCCUCACCAACUCAAUCGUUAAUCAACAAGACCCUCCCACCAACACCGAAAGACUUCCUCCCAGAACUCGACACCGCGCAGCCAACGCAGCCAGUAAGGCAAAGCACCACCCAACUUACGCCUGCGGUCUACUCACCCGAGAAGAAGAUCAAGACUUCAGGGCUAGGAGAAGUGAGAGGCGCGCCGACGAGCGCUACAUUGCCAAGUAGUUUGCAAGCAGGGAGGGGACCGCUGGGAAGUCCGUUGAGUCAGCAGCAGACGAAGGCGGAUUGGAUAUGA